GUCUCUCUGCGUUCCUGUGCCAUGCUCUGCCGCGCUGCCGCCGUUCUACCCGUGUGGCUUGCUUUGCUGCUCAAAACCACGGCGCUCCUGCGGUUUGCUACCUGCUGCCGUCGCAUCCGUGCCGAGCUGACCGAGAUCCUUGCUGUGUACCGUGCCGCUUCCUACAUUGCUGGCGUCCAUCUUCCUGGUUUCGCCCUUGACGACAUCCUCCGCAUCCGCGUGCUCUUCGCCAGUCCUUGGGAGCCGCCGCACCAUCCUUCUCUUCGUGCUCGUGCCCAGGCUGCCAUGCACAACUCCUUCAACCACUACGUGGGCAUCCCUGACUCGUUUGCGCCGUGGGCCUUCCGCCCCCCUGCCUACUGCAGCCGUGCCGCCAGUAACGCUCCCGCAUUUACGCGGUGCACGCCGAUCGAACUGCUGCACCAUCUCAACCGCCAGCACGCUGAUACACCACCCUUCCAAGCGCUCGUCGCUUUUCUUGCCCGCGCAACAUGGCUGUACUCCCCAUACAUCGAGGACCACGGCUUCGACCCGGAUUUCAGUGCCAUACGUUGCCGCGGCCCUGGCCUGGUGAUUGCGGUUCCAUGUGGUGGCUUGACGGCUGCCAUUUGCUGUCGUUUCACCCCAGCCACCACCAUGCGCAAGGUUGUCUGGCCACACUUCUCGCUGCCCAUCGCCAUGGCGCUGCUGCUCCGGACUGCCCUGCGCGAUGCUGCGCCCCGCCCUCUGUGCUGGAACCAAUGGCAACACCUUUUGAAGCAACUUCGCGCACACCACCCGACCCCAGAACACACCGGCAACUGCACCAUCCAUGACUGGCGGAAUGACAUGGAAGCCCGCUUUGGACAUCGAUGGGACCAACUCCCAAACCACGGCGACCCUUCCACGAUCCUUGCAGAUGCCAAAGCCUUGCUUGCACAUCGCGCCCCUGUGCCAACCCCUCCACCGUCUCCGCCGCCAACGCCUCCAGCGCUUCUCCUUUCCCACUUGUCCCGCCCUGUGUUGUGGAACACAUGGCAGCGCAUGGCUGCUCGACUGCAUCGCCGACUUCGUCACCCCCCGGCGCCGCCCACCCACACCGACUAUGUGCAACAUAUGGCAUCGCACUUCGGCCCGCAGUGGAAACAACAGCUGCCGAACCAUGCUGCUCUUGACCGACCCCUCGCGCGUCUCGCCCUCCUGCGAUGCUUCGAAGCCCUGCAGCCUACUACCACCGUGCUGAAACCUCGUCGCAAACAGAUGGUACGCCUCCGGCACUACAUCCAGCAGAUGACUGACGGAGUCAACGCGCUGCAACCCGACAUACCGCCUACUAGCGCAACCAUCCAACGCCUGCAAUGCCUCGCCAACAAGGCAACGCGUCUUGUGAACCGCCGGCGCCCCAUAGCUGCUGUACGGCCUCGCAGCCUUCGCAACAUUCAUCCCGCUCAACUCAGGACAGCAUUUGUAUCUGCUUUGCCUCCUCCCCUGCAACCUACCUUCUGCAUUCCCUGUCAGGACCUGAAGAUUCCCGCUGCUGCCGCGCCGCCCGUGUCACCCGCUGCCCAAGACGCAGGCGCUUGCACCACCCAGACUCACCAUCCGAAUCCCACCGUGGUGGAAGAGGUGGUUACCACCUCUGCAGCCUGCGGCCAUCGCUUUGCAAAGGAGAAACCUGUUCUUUUGGCCAAGGCCAAGACGGGUGUGCACCAUUUCCAUGGUGACAACAACGAGCUGGGAACUGCUUGCGGUCGCUACUAUCGCCGGAAGCCCAACCCUGAAUUCAUCAAUCUUGACUAUGAAGUGGCGUCAGCUGCCUGUCCAUCACGGAUCCUGGUGACUCUGACAUCAUCCGCACCCUACCUGGUCAGGAGUGAGCUCCAAGCGGUCAAGCGGUCCAAGUUCAGUCCAGAGAUGACAGCUGCCAGAGGAAAAGAAAUGCGGCAGAUGCCCAUGAGACCAGUGUUGGAAGGUCCAGAGGUGGCUGAGGAUGAUGAAAAAGUGUUCCAACGGCAAGCCACCAACCUCUCUGCCAGCACGGACAAUGACAAGGAGCAGAGUCGGCCCCCUGGCUGGCUGAGUUUGUGGAGUCUGGAAUGUGUUGCCAACUUUCGUGACGCUUCUGGUCCAGAUACGCUGGCUCCGUACCGUUGCGAGGGAGGUUUCCUGAAGCAGGGUGUCCUCUUCCGAACAGGCCACUGGGUUACUGCCACUGCUGCCGACCUUCAUAUUCUCCGUGACACGCUGCACAUCAAGACCUACCUGGAUCUGCGUAAUGGCCAGGACUUUGAGAGCGUGGACGCGGAGUGCUUCGAUGACUACCCGCCCUCUCCCAAUGGCCGUCACGAUGCCAGUUGGCCGCGAGAAGCUGGAGAGCGGCGCCGGGUAAGCUGUCCCUUCUCCAAGGGGCUUCAACCUCGACCUCUACAAGAGAUGGCACAGGUCGGAGAAAUUGAUCCAGAUGACAAGAGGGCACAAUGCGCUCUUUGGUUUCAGCAACAGAUGAGGGCGGCCGUUCACGACCUCCAGGUGCAGCUCAAAACCAGCAUGCGCGCGAUGCUCAUCUUGAACUCUGACGAGAUUCUGAAGGCCUUCCAGACCUUGGCGGAUGAACGAAACUAUCCGGUGGCCUUUGGCUGCAUCGCCGGAAAGGAUCGGACAGGCCUUUUGGCAUGCCUGUUGCACAGUGCACUGGGCGUUCGCAAGGAGGACAUCAUCUCUGACUAUGUCUUCACCAAUGAGGCGGCGCAUCACAUCAAUGCCUGCAACCAGCUCGCUGUGGCCAUGUGGUUUGAGGAGUUGAGGAUCCGUGAUCCACGGAAAUACAACCUGAUGGUUCGGAGGAACCGGCUCCCUGCCAAUGCGCAGCAGCUGCUGGACAGCGAUGUAGAGACGCCCCUGUGGGAGGAUGUGAACGUGGUCUCAGAUCCUGACGCCAUCAAGCGCUCGAUGGUCCACGAAGAGGUCUUGGAAUAUGUCCUGACGGUUCUGGAGGAGGAGUUUGGCGGUCCUUUGAGUUAUUUGGAUUCCAUUGGCUUUAGCCAAGAUGACCUGCAGCGGCUACGUGCCAUUCUGGUGGAGCCAGAUACGUCUUCAGAGGUUGGAGUUGCUCGGCUGAAAGCUAGUCAUUGCUGGACCUUGGAGGCCAGGGAUGCGUGCACCUACAGUAAGUAUGAUUGA